AUGGCGGAGCCAAGAGCGCGCGUUGCGAGACACAAGGGCCAGAUGAACUUUCCAUCUGAGCGUAUGCUUUCACCCCGAUUGAGUUAUCGCUCGAUAAGACGUUCACAUGCUCACCUAUCUACAGUCCGCCUCCUCCUUCUCGCCUACGGAGAUCCAAGUCCCCAUCCAUCAUUCCCCCCCGAGCCGCUCCCUGAAACAGUUCGCGUGCUAGAUGAGAUCGUCACCGACUUCAUUCUCGAAAUGUGUCACGGAGCCGCGCAGUACGCCUCCUACUCGCGGCGCCAAAAGAUCAAGGUGGAUGAUUUUCGAUUUGCGCUGCGCCGUGACCCCAACAAGCUCGGUCGUGUCCAGGAAUUGCUACGGAUGGAGCGUGAGCUGAAGGAGGCGCGGAAGGCGUUCGAUCAGAAUGAUGAUCAGAUUGCGAACUUGAAGGAUGCUGGAAAGAAGGGGAUGGAUGAAGUUGAGGACGGGGAUGCGACCUCGGUUGCAGGGAAAAAGAAUAAGGGCAAGAACAAGAGGGGUGCUAGGAGAGAUUCGGACGCGACUGAGGAGACCAUCUCGAAAAAACGAAAGCAAGGUUAA